AUGGAGAAAACAAUUAUCUUUGCAUGCUUGCUUUCUGUUCUCUUGAUGAGCUCUAGCUCCCCCCCGGCGGUGAUGGGUAAAUAUUACUCCAAGAGCCGCGUGGUUCCUGUUCCGCUUACCCAAAAGAAAACCGAACUCCAUUUCUUCAUGCAUGAUAUCAUUUCAGGCAACACCCCAACGGCUGUCAAUAUAGCUGCACCAAAAGGAGUAGUUGUCGGAGAAGGCAACAUAGGCCCGUUUGGUGCAGUUUACGUGUUUGAUGACCCACUCACGGUGACCGCUGACCCAAAAUCAGAGGUUGUUGGUAAUGGACGUGGGUUUUACACUGUAGUAAGUAUUGAUGUAAAGAAUAGUUGGAUGUUGUUGUUCACGGGUGAUAUUGGGUUUACGAGUGGUAAGUAUAAUGGGAGUUCCAUAAGCGUGUUUUCAAGAGAUCCGUUGGUGCAAACCAAAGAGCUUGCGAUCGUUGGUGGCAGAGGCCAGUUUCGAAUGGCGAAAGGCUUUCUUAUUAUCAAUAUGGUUUACUUCAAUGCUACAAAUGGGGAUGCCAUUCUUGAAUUCAAUUGCACGGUUUUUCACCAAUAA